AUUCUCUCUCGUAAACAGGCAUAAAAAACAUGUCAAAGUUUAGCGCACUUUUCCUUGUGGCCAUUCUCCUGUGCUUCAAUCUCAAAUCUGCAGCUCGCCCUGAUUCCACUUUGAUGAAAGCACAAUUCAAAGAUGCAAGAGAUGAUAAAGUUGAAAAUGAUGAAGGAAUAUGUGAAGGAGUAGAGGAAGAGGAUUGCUUGAAGAGGAGGACAAUGGAGGCUCAUAUUGACUAUAUUUAUACUCAAAGUAAAGGUCAUCCAUGAUUCAAAGCUUAUGGGCUUCACUUUCCUUCAGUGAUUGUAUGACCAGUCGCUGAUUAUAGUAAAACUUCUGCCUCGUGGAGGCAACUUUUGUUCCGGUUUUUCGGACACAUUUUUUUUUUUUUGUCUUCUUGAUUUUGUCACAGUAAUCAUUCUAAAACGAGUUGGAAGAGAAACUCUUAUUUC